UUAGUCUUGAAAAUGGCUUCGAAUAAAAAUAUCAAAUAUGUAACAAUGGCGACGAGGUGAAAAAAAUAAUUAAGAAAAAGGAAAAGUGAAACAGCGAGGGUGAAAAUGGCAGGCAAAAUGUAUAUAGGAAAUGUGGACUAUGACGAAAGUGAGAAGUUUAGCGAUUACAUAGAGCGUUUUGAAAUGUUUUUGGAGUGUAAUCAAAUAGAAGCUGUCCGGCGGAAGGCGGUUUUUCUAAGCGUCGAGCGUCAUAGGCCCAAAGUUAUUUAGCCUGCUAAAAAACCUUUGUACACCAGUGGCCCCAAAAAAGAAAACUUAUGAAGAUUUAAAAAAGAUUCUUCUGAAUCACUUAGAACCGAAACCCAAUGCGAUCACGGAACGGUAUAAGUUUGGCCAGAGAUGUCAAAUGCCGGGUGAAUCGGUAAAUAGCUAUGUGGCUGAAUUAAAGAAGCUGUCCUUAUAUUGUAAUUAUGGGGAAAGCUCAACAGAGCAAAUAAGAGAUAAAUUCAUUGCGGGGUUAAGUAAUGAGAAAAUUAAACAAGUUGCUCAAUGAAAGUGAAGUUUCUUUGGAGAGAGCAUACAACAUUGCUGUGCAGAUGGAGAAAACUGACCAAGACUUGGAAGUGAUGACAACCAAGGUGCACAAGAUAGGAGUGGCAGGAAAGGAUCAACAAGGACAACAGAAUGAUACCCGAGGUCAUCCGAGGCAUGUUAGAAGUGAUAACCAGUACAAUAAGUUGUGCAAGUGCUGUGGAAAGGGGAAGCAUACAAAGGAGUUUGGUUGGUUUAAGGAUAGGAAGUGCAGAAUUUGUGGAAACUUAGGACAUUUAAUGGCAGUUUGUAGACUUAAAAGGGGUAAAAAGCCUUGUAAUUAUAUAGAAAAUGAAUAUGAACAAGAAAAUGUUUUAGAAGACAUACAAAAUUUAUUUGUAUUAAGUGAUACUCAUGUUUCACCCUACAAACUGGAAUUACUAAUAAAUGCAAGAAAGGUAAUCUUUGAAAUAGAUACCGGAGCGGCUAUUAGUGUUAUAAGUAAAAACAUGAAAGACAAAUAUUUUAAUGACUGUGAAUUGUAUAAGUGUAUCCUUAAACUCAGAUCAUAUGUAAAUAACUUAAUAACUCCUUUAGGUUUUAUAAGUGUGGAUAUUGUAUAUGAUAAAAAGCAGAUUAAAGCUAAAUUGUAUGUUGUUGAGAACAGGGGACCUUCUCUCAUUGGACAUGACCUUUUGAAAAAAUUAAAUAUUAAAACAUUAAACAUAAAUUCAUUAAGUUGUGAGAAUAUUAAAGAUACAUUGGUCAGUAAAUUUCCUGAAGUUUUUAGUGAUGAGUUAGGCACGUACAAAGGAGAGCAGGUCAACCUCGUACUAAAAGAGAAGGUAUCACCCAAAUACUUUAAAGCUAGACCCUUACCCUUCAGUAUGAAAGAAUUGGUUGCAGAGGAAAUAAAUAGGCUGGUAAGUCAAGGUGUGUUGACCCCGGUAAAAAGUAGUGAAUGGGCCACACCCAUAGUACCAGUGUUAAAAGGAAAUGGAAAGUUAAGAGUGUGUGGUGAUUUUAAGGUCACAAUCAACCAAUAUUUGGAGGAUGACAAGUAUCCUUUACCAAAAAUUGAGGAUUUAUUCGUUAAUUUAAAUAAGGGUGAAAAAUAUUCCAGAGUUGACUUAGCACAUGCUUAUCAACAAUUGAUGUUGACAGAGGAUGCGAAGAAGUUAGUUUGCAUCAAUACACAUCUUGGAUUAUUCCAAUAUAACAGGUUACCUUUUGGUGUUAAAGUAGCUCCGAAUAUUUUUCAACACAUUAUGGAUCAGCUAUUAGCAGGAAGGCCAGGUAUAGCUGUAUUUAUGGAUGAUGUGGUUAUAACAGGGAAAAAUGAUCAAGAACAUUAUGAAAAUUUGUUGUUUGUUUUUAGCCAAUUGAAGGAAAUGGGUCUCACUGUCAGUGCAGAUAAAUGUAUUUUUUGCAGAUAGUAUACAUUAUUUGGGUUAUAUUUUGUCCAAGGACGGGUUACAACCUGAUCCUAAGAAAGUGGAGGCAAUAACUAAGGCUCCAGAUCCCACAAAUGUCACAGAAUUAAAAGCAUUUCUUGGUUUAAUAAACUAUUACAUGAAGUUCUUACCAAAUGUGUCAACAGUGUUAGCACCACUGUAUAGUCUAUUAAAAAAAGAUACUAAGUAUAAGUGGAACCAAAAAUGUAAACAUUCUUUUGAAAGUAUCAAGAAAAUGAUGGUAUCAACUCACAUUUUAUCUCACUACGAUCCAUCGCAAGAGUUAUAUUUGGCAUGUGAUGCUAGUGCAUAUGGGGUAGGUGCUGUUUUAUCUCAGAAAAGGAAUGGUAUUGAAAAACCUAUUGCUUUUAUGUCUAGGACGUUAAAUGAGGCAGAAAAGAAAUAUAGCCAAAUUGACAAAGAGGCUUUAGCAUUGAUAUUUGGUGUUACUAAGUUCAAUCAAUACUUGUGGGGUCGAAAGUUUACCCUGAUAACAGAUUCUAAGCCUUUAGUGAGCAUCUUUGGUCCUAAGAAGGGUAUACCUACCAUAGCAGCUAGUAGACUUCAGCGAUAUGCAUUAUUGUUGUCUGGCUACAAUUAUAACAUUAUAUAUGUCAAGUCAGAGAAUAAUAAUGCAGAUGCAUUGUCAAGGUUACCAUUAGAGAGGGUUGAAGGUAAAAAUACAUCAGAAUAUUCAUAUUUAAAUUUUUUGAAGGAUAAUGUAAGCUUGCCUAUUGAUUAUAACUUAAUUAAAAAAGAAAUUUUAUUAGAUCCAGUGCUAAAAAGUGUGUUGAAUUUUAUACAUGAAGGUUGGCCAAAGCAUACUAGUGAUGAUAAUUUAAAACCUUACUUGCUUAAGAGAGAGCAAUUGUCGGUGGAGCAAGGAAUCAUUAUGUAUGGCUAUAGAGUUGUAAUACCUAACAAGUUAAUUGCAAAUAUGUUACAGGAACUCCACUCAACACAUUUAGGUAUUGUCAAAAUGAAAUCAAUAGCUAGAAGUUAUUUCUGGUGGCCUUCUGUAGAUAAUGAUAUACAAUUAAUGUCAAACAGUUGUACUACUUGUUUAUUGGAAAGGCCAAAUCCACAUAAAGUAAAUUUACAUGUGUGGGAUUAUCCUAAAAACCCAUGGUCACGAUUACAUGUAGAUUACUUGGGUCCUAUACAUGGAAAGUAUUAUUUUGUAGUGGAGUGUGCUUAUACAAAGUGGAUUGAAGUGGAGGAAGUUACUUCAACAUCAGCAAGUCAAGUUAUUAAAAUUUUAAGCAAGUUGUGGACUACUUUUGGUUUUCCAGAUUUGGUCCAGAGUGACAACGGUCCUCUGUUUCAUUCCAUGGAAUUUACAUCAUUUCUUAAAAAUUUGGGAAUCAAACAAUCAUUUUCACCACCAUAUAAUCCCCAAACGAAUGGUUUAGCAGAGAGUGCUGUUAAAAUAAUAAAAAAAUGUAUUAAAAAAGCAGUUUAUGAAAAGAAAAAUGUAAAUGAUUGUAUUAAUUCAUUUUUUUUACUUAAUGUAUAGAAAUUGUAAACAUAUGACUACAGGAGAAAGUCCAGCGUAUUUAAUGUUUAAGAGAAACUUAAAAACUAAAUUUGAUUUAUUAAGACCUAAUGUAGAAAAAAAUGUUCAGUAUAAGCAGGAGUUGCAAAAGUAUGCAGGGGGUAGUAGAGUAAGGGAAUUGGAAAUAGGGGAAUGUGUGGUAGCUCGAGAUUAUAGAAGUAAUGGUAAUAAGUGGAUGGAAGGAAUAGUAUGUAAAAAACUUGGUCCAGUUACAUAUUUAAUUAAGCUGCAGAAUACAAAUAUAAUUUGGAAAAGACAUAUUAAUCAGAUUCUUAAUAAUGUAAACAGUAAUUUGGAGGAAGAUACCUAUGAGUCAGUACCAUUAGUGGACACUCAGUUUAAGCAAAUAGAUGGUUCAAGUGUACCAAAUUCAAGUGUGCCAGUACCAUUGGUGGAGCCUCCGUUUGAGCAAAAAGAUAAUUCAAGUAUGCAAGUACCAGUGAUGGAGCCUCAGUGUGAACAAAUAGUUGGUUCUCCACAGAAGGCAGAAUCUCCACCAAUAGUAUUGAAAAGAUCAAGUAGAAUAAGGAAAAAACCCGAUAGGUUGAAUUUGUAGCGGGAGAGAUGUAAUGUCUGACGGGUUUAUUACUCUGUAAAAUGUCUCUAUGUAUCUGUACCUACUCUGUGAGUAGUCUUGAAAAUGGCUUCGAAUAAAGAUAUGUAACAGAAAGACAGAAACAUCAGAGUAAAAUGGACCAUAACAGGUUCUCCUAGAAUGUUUCCGCUUGGAGCGCUGCUUGUGGAUGUGCUAUUUCAAAUGCCUUUCACGGAUUUUGAUAUCAUUGGGUUUCAGCGUAAAAUAAAAUUUGCGUGCUUUGCAAGUCGUAUAACAUUUUAUAUAAAAUAGCUGGCCAAGUGUGUGUCAGACUCACGCACCAAGAGUUCCGUACUACAGAACUUCGGAGAUAAGGAUGGGGAACGGAAUUUUU